CACCGCCGUAGGGCUACCGGCCGCGGCCGACUGGAGGAGAGGCGAACGGAAAACAACCCAGCUCCAGAACCAAAAUCAACAAAGGCAGGAGGCCGGUCACCCCUUCACGGCGCGCGCUCACGCACGCAGCGGGGUGAGCACCGCGGUCCCGGGCGCGCGGGUGCCAGACUACGCAGUCCUCCGCGGGGCUGAGCGCCGAGGCACUUGGCGCGCUUGCGCGGUAGGAUUUGGGGAGGCUUUUUAAUGAGAAUCCGUACAUUAAGACAAUGGAAAAAAUACAAGCAAUUGUGAAGAAGCCUUGCCAAGGAAAAUUGAAGGAAGAAUAGGCAAUCAAGGCCCAGGGAAGAAAGAAUAAACCUGCCAUCUGUAAGGUGAGAUGACUUGGCUAAAGACUCUCAGAAAGAACCUGCAGACAUGGCUGAUCCUGGGGCAGACGAGCCGUCCUCCAGGUCAGGGAGUCCAGCGGGUGAAGGUCAGGAUUCUGAGGACAGAUCCUUGCUCCACCAGAGACUGGCCAUCAGGGAGCUCAUUGACACCGAGGUCUCCUACUUACACAUGCUCCGACUCUGCUCCUCUGACAUCAGGAGCCGCCUCCAGCAGCUGCCGCAGGGAGACCUGGAUGUCCUGUUCUCAAACAUGGAUGAUAUCAUCAAGGUGAACGACAAAUUUCUUCAUGAUCUGCAGGAGACGGCUUCUGAGGAAGAAGAGCAAGUGCGCCUAAUUGGGAACUUGUUCCUGGACUUCCAAGAGGAGUUCGAGCGAGUCUAUAAGGUCUACUGUGCCAGCUAUGACCAGGCCUUGCUGCUGGUGGAGGCGUACCAGAAGGAGCCAGAGCUGCAGCGGGAGAUCCAGGACAUCAUUGAGGCCGUGGUGCCACAAGCUGGACGUUCAGGCCUCAGUUUCUUACUGGUAAUCCCUCUGCAGAGGAUUACCAAGUACCCAUUGCUGCUGCAGAAAAUCCUGGAGAACACACUCUCUGAUGCCAGUGCCUACUCUGUCCUCCAGAGGGCUACCUCUGCCCUCCGGGACGUGAAUGCCAACAUCAAUGAGUACAAGAUGCGCAAGGAAGUGGCCUCCAAGUACAACAAGGUGGAGCAGCUGACCCUCCGGGAGCGGCUGGCCCGCAUCAACACGCACACACUCUCCAAGAAGACCACCCGGCUGAGCCAGCUGCUGAAGCAGGAGGCGGGGCUGGUACUGAGGACAGAAGACAAGGAGUUUGAUGACUUAGAAGAGAGGUUCCAGUGGGUGUCUGUGUGUGUGACCGAGCUGAAGAGCAACGUGGCCGCUUACCUGGAUAAUCUGGAGGCUUUCCUCCGCUUCAGGCCACAUGACUACGAUCUGGACGUGCCCGAGGGGCCUGUGGCGCACUACCGCAGCCUGGCGAGGGACCUGCAGCGCGAGGCCUUCCUGGAGUUCAAGCAGCGGCUGGAAGGCCUGGUGUGGCAGCCACUGUGCAGCCUGGCCAAAGCCCUAGUUGGCCCUCAGAACUUGAUCAAGAAGCGUCUGGACAAGCUACUGGACUUUGAGCGGGUAGAAGAGAAGCUGCUGGAGGCGGGCAGUGUGAGCUAUGAGGAGGAGGCAGCCCGGCACACGUACCAGGCGCUCAACUCCCUGCUGGUGGCGGAGCUCCCGCAGUUUAACCAGCUGGCUCUGCAGUGGCUGGGCCAGAUCCUGUGCACGUUCGUGGCCCUCCAGAGGGACCUGGCAAAGCAAGUGCUGCAGAGGGCGGAGGGCAGCAUGAACCAGCUGCCCCACCGCCAUCUCUUGGAGCCGGCCUUCAACAAGCUGGUGGAGGACACCCUAGGCCAGGCCAGUGACCAGCUUCGCUCCUUCCGAGAGAACUUUGAGAAAGUGCUGCCACCGCCCACCACACAACCCCUCCUGCCAGGGUCUGAACGCCAGGUGCAGGCUCUCCUGAGCAAGUAUGGCCCUGGGAAGCUGUACCAGGUGACAAACAACGUCAGCGGGCCUGGGACCCUGGACCUGACACUGCCACGGGGCCAGAUCGUGGCCCUCCUUCAAAACAAGGACACCAAAGGCAACAGCGGCCGCUGGCUGGUGGACACUGGGGGCCAUCGGGGGUACGUGCCGGCUGGGAGACUGCAGCUGUACCACAUCGUUCCCAGUGACCAGGAGCUCAGAGGGCAGGUGGGGCCACAUGUGGACUCCCGGCAGCCAGCACCACAGCGCACCUCAGCCCCAGUCCCUUCUCUCUCUGCUGUGCCCCAGGUGGUCGCUGCUUACCCCUUUGUGGCCCGGAGCCACCACGAAGUGAGCCUGCAGGCCGGCCAGCCCGUGACCGUCCUGGAGGCUCAGGACAAGAAGGGGAACCCAGAGUGGAGCCUGGUGGAGGUGAACGGACACAGGGGAUAUGUGCCUUCUAGCUUCCUGGCCAGGGCCCCAAACCCAGCUCCAUGGGGCUGGAGUCUGCCCUCAUAGGGUGUUCUCCGUGGAGCCCAUGUUGCCAGAGGAGGAGAUGGGAAUAGAGGCUGUGACCUUGGAGGGAAGAGAGGCAAAGAAAGGGCAGGGGUAGAAGGGAAGACCAGACCCGUGUCGGGGAAGGACACCUGGAAGGCAGCCAGAACAGGUGGGUGGGCCACAAAGGCUUAAGGCAGGACUACUCGUUCUGUCUGCUCAGGGAAACCAUCCCAUGCUGGGUCACACACCCUGGACAGCAGGCCACAGCUCACUGGCCAGUCUCCCCCGUGCCUCUGUCAGGGCCUGCCCGUGGGAGUGCUUACCCAGGUGAAUGUUACCUGUGUGCUGGGUGUUUGCAGAACUGCCCGGCCUGACUGUUCACUACCUGUAAGUGGCAUCAGGAGACACCAUGGCUGGCAGUCACUGAUUCCCCGACUUGGGCUGCGGGGUCUUGGGCAGUAAACCAUGGGGAGCCCUCUCAGGCCAGGACCUAUGGGUUUGUCUGAGCUGUGCAUGGGUUCCCAGGAGACUCUUUGCUGUGCCUGCGAGUGGGAGUGACCAAGUCACAGUUCUGGAAUGUGUGUGAGCAAGUUCAGAGGCAGUUCCCAGGAAGAGGGGACUUUUGACAGCAUGUCAGGUGCACCAGGGGACAAAGUGCCAUGCAAAGCAGACAGGAACCUGAAGUAGGCUGGGGUGGGCCUGGUGGGUGGGGGAGGUUGGGUCAUGGCCCGUUUCCCUGUUUCUGGGGAGGAGAGUCAAGAGGAUCCACCGUAGUUUCAGGUUGUCUCUGAGGGCCUCGAGGCUUGUGACAUCAGCUGGCUGUGGGACCUGAGACACAGGAUACAACCAGUGUUUUCCCAUCCAGGAAGCCCUGACUCACAGGAGAAUAAAGUGAGGCUAAGGAUGUGGAGGCCCUGGCAACCUGUGACAGCAAUGCCAGUGGCCCCAGCUGGCCAGGCUGGCGAGUGGAAGCUCCCUGCUGUCUGGCCCCACGCCCACCCCAGGGCAGCAGGCAUUGUCACCGUUUGGAAUCUUUUCCCAUUGCCCUGGGAUCUCUUUGGAGUUGUUCUCAGUACUGCAUUCUGGGUAGCCAAUCUCUUGAACUUGGAAAGCCAUCUCUCACUUACUCUCAAAACAGUUCCUGUUCCAGGAAGAUGACCCCUGGCGGCCAUGUUGGGUGCAGUCCCUGCUGCCUAUUCCCCUCUCGGCUGUUGCGGGCUGAGAUAUAGGCAAGAUUCACAGACGGGGAAAGUGAGGCACUGUGCCUGCUGUAUGACCUAGAGAGUUUGGAAGUGACUUGAGUUAGAAUGUGUUUAAGCAGGUGGUAUCUUAGAUUUAUUUCCUAAGAACACCCUGUGCUAUAACUAGAGUCCCUAGUGCUGUCAGCCCUGGGUUUGGAAGGGCUUCUAAGCAAUCUGUAGAUGCCCAUAUCAUCGCAGCUGUCCGCCUCUCAGCCUGUUAAAGCAGUGACUGUGUGACAUGCCAGCAGCUCGGUCCCCACCACGCCCCCGCCCCAGCACCACGCCCAUUUGACGAGAUGCCCUUGUCGCAUUUUACUUUCUUUUUCCUUCUCCAGUUUCUGAUAAAAAAUAGUCAAUGCUGAGGAGCAGAUAGUAGAAUGGGAACUUUACUCAUGGGUUGCUCAGCUGGGACCCAAGCUCAGGGCUCCCCACUGUGGCUGCUCGCUGGGCAGCGGGAAGCAGUACAGGAAGCCAGGAUCCCUGCCAGGCCCUGAUCUGAUUGAACUGGGGUGCGGCCAGGGCCCCAGGAGGUGGGGGGGGGAUUCGGGGAGUUUCCCAGGUGCUUCCAAGGUCAAGCCAAGGCUGGGGUCAAGACAGCCCUGGGGUCAGCAAUGGCUAUGAGCUGUUGGGAAGAAUGUGUUCUGGGUGAGCCUAGUCAACCUGGCCAUUCCAAACAGGGUAGCCUUAGAGGCAGUCUGAGAUAGGACAGCCUGUCAGGUCCCAGAAUGUAUUUUUAUUAAGUGCCAUUAAAAGGGACCUGAACAAAACUGGAUGUUCUUGUAGGCAUAGGGAGAAAAAUGGAAUGUUCUUGGAAUCACGUCUAUCUUGUGGAGGGAAAAUAAGAUGUAUUCAGCAGCAUGUGGGUUAUGGUUUCUCGUAGACCAGGGCUAAGAUUGAAAGUCACUGAAGAGUGAGAGGAUGGCACGUGGUCUGCAUUUUCUUCAGGGGACUCUGCAAUGUGCCUUCCCCCCGCUCCCCCACGCCUAGAACCAUUGCACUGUGUCUUAUUUAUUUCUCCGCUGGGCUGCCACGUCCCAAACUUGCUAAAAUAGCUGCCUGUGAACCGAACAAGACUUUCCAUCGAAGACUGAUUCACAAGCGUAUCCCUUGCUCUCCUGCUGUGGGAGUGAGACCCUCUAACCAUCCGGCCCUUGCUCAGUUUGGGAUAUGAGGGCAAGAGUUACAGUUUCAAAGGGCAGAUGGGUGAAUUCUUGGUUAACGUGACAAACGCCAGCUCCGUGAGUGCUGAUGUGAGCAGCUGAGAAUAAAGGGCUGAAGAUGA